AUGGACAAAAGAUCCGAGCCCGUCGAUUGCCAAGCCCAUGACGCAGAAGAUGACCGACACGAGAAGGAGGCCGACAGGAGCCCAGCUGUAGAGAAGCCUUAUAGCAUCUACACCGCUGGAGAGAAAUGGUUCAUCGUCACUAUCGCUGCAUUUGCUGCCCUUUUCAGUCCCUUCACUGCAAAUAUAUACUUUCCUGCAAUCCCCACAAUAGCCGCAGCAUUUCAUAGGUCAAUAGAAGACAUCAAUCUCACAGUGACAGUGUAUAUGGUUGUUCAAGGCGUGUCUCCCAUGUUCUGGGGAACAUUAGCAGACCGAUGGGGCCGAAGGCCCAUGUUUCUUGGUUGCAUGCUCGUCUUGUCGGUCGUCUGCGUGGGACUCGCUCUCACGCCCACAAGCGCAUUUUGGCUGCUUAUGCUUUUGCGUUGCUUGCAAGCUGCCGGGUCUGCGAGUACAGUGGCUCUGGGUGCCGGCGUAAUAGCUGAUAUUGCAGCAACGCACGAGCGGGGCUUGUAUUAUGGCACAUGGAAUAUAGGUCCUAUGGUAGGGCCAUGUAUCGGUCCUGUUCUUGGGGGUGUCCUAGCACAAGGGCUGGGCUGGCGCUCAAUCUUCUGGUUCCUCGCCAUCGCAUCAGGGGUUUGCUUCGUAACCAUUCUCCUACUAAUGCCGGAAACUCUCCGCGCAUUUGUGGGCGAUGGAAGUGUCCCUCCCCCACGCCUAUACUUACCCCUCAUUCCCGUCAUCGGGCGCAGCCGUCAAAACGUCACGCCUCAAGACCCCUCCACUCGCCCUGCGCCGCGGCGCUUCAACAACCCGUUCGUCCUUUUCCUUUACCCGGACAUCACGCUUCUUCUGCUAUUCAACGGCAUUGUGUACGCUGUGUUCUAUGGCGUGACCACGAGUAUCUCCACCCUGUUCAAGACGACAUAUCCAUACCUCACGGAGACAGAAAUUGGGUUGUGCUUCUUGGCCAUCGGCGGGGGAAUGCUCAUCGGCGGCGUCUUUACCGGACGCCUCGUCGACAAGGAGUACAAGAGGGCGAAGCGACAGAUGCUAGCUGCGCAAGAAAAGGAGACCGACCCGGAGAAAAGGCUGUCACCUGAAGACGUGACGAAGGAGGAACAUUUCCCGAUUGAACGGGCGAGAUUGAGGCUGAUGCCGCUCUAUCUCGGCAUCUUCGUCGUGAUAUGCAUCGGCUAUGGCUGGGCGUUGGACAAGAAAGCCAAUAUAGCUGCUCCUUUGAUUCUUCAGUUUGUCCUUGGUUGGGUAACGGUGGCCACCAUGAAUAUCACGCAAACUCUUGUGGUCGACCUUGCGCCAGGCCAGAGUGCCUCGGUGACGGCUUGUAACAAUCUUGUGCGAUGUUCGCUCGGGGCAGCGCUCGUCUCAGUCAUAGAUCUCAUCUUGAAUGCUCUCGGUGCCGGCUGGACGUACGUGCUGCUGGCGGGCAUCUGCGUGCUCUUCUCUCCCAUCAUGGUUAUCAUGUACCACUACGGUCCACGGUGGCGAGCACGUCGGAGAGCACGUCGGCAAGCCCGCGAGGCUGAUCGGGCGUAG